ACCUUUUUUCUCUCAUUCAAAUGUGCAAACACGUACUCAAUGCACAGGUUUCUAUACGAGCUCCAUGUUGUAAGAAAUGGUUCGAUUGUGCUGAAUGUCAUGCUGAAGUUUCCGAUCAUCCGCUAAGAAAGACGAACGAAAUGGUUUUUGCGUGUAAAAAGUGCAAAAAAGUAUUUAGGAAAGAUAUGACCGACUAUGAAGAAGAAGACGAAUAUUGUCCUCACUGUGAUAACCACUAUGUUAUAGAUGCUGUGAUUCCAGAGCCUAAAUUACGUCUAGAAACAGAAGAUAUCCGUGUGGAUAGCAGAGUUGUCAAAGAUGACCGCAUGAAACCCAAACACGAGCAACUGGAUAGCAUUUUCAAAAUUGACGGAUCCGAAAUGCUAGGUUAAUCAACCAUCACGACAUUAUUCCCCUAUCAUAUUUAUUAGACAAUCCAAUUUAGUGUGUCCAGACAAUAUUCAUUAAAAUUACAAUGAAUUGUUGAU